AUGGAGUCAUUGAUGCAGCGGAUCAAUGAGUACAUUCGUGUGGAGGAUGAUGCUGCCUCCGCGACCGAGAAGGCUAAUCCGGUCGCGACGAACAGAAGGGUGGCAGGGAAAGUUCACUCGGUUGGGCAGGAGGAUAACCGCCCAAACAACCGGUCAAAAGAUCAGCGCCAUGGUUCAAACCGUGAUGACAGAAACAAGGGCCGCCGAAACGACCGGGCUGACACUCCCCGUGAUGCAGCGGAGGAUGCCAAAAGAAAAUUGAAGGCACGGACUGGAAUCACCACAGUCUUUAAAAUCCCCAUCUACCGCGUUUUGAGCGAGAUUCGAGAUGAACCCUUCGUCUGUUGGCCGGCCAAGUUGGAGAGUGCGCAGAGGGGCUUCAAUUCGAAAUAUCGCUGCACCUUCCACGAAGAACGGGGCCACCGAACGGAGGAUUGCUUGCCGCUCAAACAACACUUGGAGGAGUUGGUGGCGGCUGGACAUUUUGACCAAUACAUAGAUGGGGAAAUGAAGGCCGCACCAUCAGGGCAAGCCGAGCCAAAUGGCCUAGCCGCCUUGGAUGCGGCCCCGCAAGGUGUAAUCAACAUUAUCCAUGGUAUCAUUGAACCAGCCAGGGUCUGUGAGCUGAGAGGGAUGAUCAAGAAGGCCGAGCAUAUGAGGGAAGUGCUCUCUGUUCAGCCCACUGUGAAGAGUGGGAAAACCGAGCCAAAAGACGUCCUUACCUUUACAAGCAAGGAUUUAGAAAGGAUCCAGAUACCCCACAAUGAUGCCUUAGUGGUAACUCUUCGCGUCAAAGGCUUUGAUAUUAAAAAAAUUUUGAUCGACCAGGGGAGUUCGGUCGAAAUUAUGUAUUAUGAUGCAUUCAAGCAAAUGAAGCUGGAGGACAAAGACUUGGCUCCCGCGACGUCCCCCUUGGUUGGUUUCAACUCUCAACCAGAGUGGCUGAUCGGAAAGAUCAUUUUACAGGGGUGGUUGCACGCCAUGCAAGCAGUUGCGUCUACCUUCCAUCAAGUUAUGCGCUUUUCGGCGCCCACCGGGCAAAUCGAAGAGGUUUGGGGAGACCAGGUGAUGGCAAAACAAUGCUUCGUUGCGGUAAAUGGCAGCCGAGCAGCCAAAGGGUUCGUCCAGAUGAUUGAGGGGCCUGAGGGGAAGGAGGUCCUUGAAGACGUAGGAAGAAAGGCCGAGGAAAAAUCGGUAGAGGAUUUGGUUGAAGUGCGCAUCGACGAGGACGACCCGACUAAGUUCUUCCUCUUGGGAUCAUCUUUGUCGAGCGCCGAGCGGUAG